AUGACAGCUGGGUGGGCUUCGUCCCUGUUCCCCUAGGACCCUGUGAAGCAGCUCCAUCAAAAUGUGUGAAGAGGAGGACAGCACUGCCCUGGUGUGUGACAAUGGCUCUGGGCUCUGUAAGGCUGGCUUUGCUGGGGACGAUGCUCCCAGGGCUGUUUUCCCAUCCAUCGUGGGACGCCCCAGACAUCAGGGAGUGAUGGUGGGAAUGGGACAAAAGGACAGCUACGUGGGUGACGAAGCACAAAGCAAAAGGGGAAUCCUGACCUUGAAGUACCCGAUAGAACACGGCAUCAUCACCAACUGGGACGACAUGGAAAAGAUCUGGCACCACUCUUUCUACAAUGAGCUUCGCGUUGCCCCUGAAGAGCAUCCAACUCUGCUCACUGAGGCGCCCCUGAACCCCAAGGCCAACCGGGAGAAAAUGACCCAGAUUAUGUUUGAGACUUUCAACGUCCCGGCUAUGUAUGUGGCUAUCCAGGCAGUGCUGUCCCUCUACGCCUCUGGACGCACGACUGGCAUCGUGCUGGACUCCGGGGACGGGGUCACCCACAAUGUGCCCAUCUACGAGGGCUACGCUCUGCCCCACGCCAUCAUGCGUCUGGACCUGGCUGGCCGUGACCUCACCGACUACCUCAUGAAGAUCCUGACUGAACGUGGCUACUCCUUCGUGACAACCGCUGAGCGUGAGAUUGUCCGGGACAUCAAGGAGAAGCUGUGCUACGUGGCUCUGGACUUUGAAAACGAGAUGGCCACAGCUGCGUCGUCUUCCUCCCUUGAGAAAAGCUACGAGCUGCCCGAUGGGCAGGUGAUCACCAUCGGGAAUGAGCGCUUCCGCUGCCCAGAGACCCUGUUCCAGCCCUCCUUCAUCGGUAGGCUUCAGCGUCCUGUCCCUGGGCAGGGGGGGGAGCACCCUAACCCCCCGAAUCCAGCCAGCCUCUGGCUCUCAGCACCCUUCUGCAUGUGGGGACCUGGGCCAGGGGCCGCAAGACCAAAUGCAUUUCUAAACCAGGGCAAAGGAAAGAGUGUCAGAUUUCUAGAGAGAGCAGAAGAACGUCAGGAAAGGAGUUUUCUUUCUAAGCAAACACGGUCUACGCUGUAGUCAAGCCAAAAGCAUCCUUGAUGUGGGAAGUAUGGUGAAAAAAUCAGAUAUUGCCUGUGCUGAGGACACAGUGGAGCCAUCGAGGGAUGGGAAGGGUGU